AUGCGGGUCUUAGAUACCAGGUCUUUGAAGUUUGUCGACUUUGCCGAAUUCCCCGACAAGGAAUAUGCCAUCUUAUCACAUACGUGGCUAAGGCAGGCGCUGGAAGAUGGCUUAUGGACACACAGCGAACUCGAAUAUAAAGACAUGAAAGGUUAUUCUGCUUCCCAGCUUGAAAAUUUCAAAAACCGCGGCUGGGAGGGGUCUCGUUUGAAAAAGAAAGGGUGGGAAAAGAUUGUAGGAUUCUGCAAUUUGGCGAGGCGUAAGAAGUAUCAGUAUGCUUGGAUGGACACAUGCUGUAUCGACAAAUCAAAUCCUCAGGAGACAAAGCGCUCCAUUCAUGGCAUGUGGGAAUUUUACACGCACGCAGCAGUGUGCUAUGCUUAUAUUCAGGAGGUGGACAUGAGUAACGAAAAAAGAAGAUCGGAUGAGGCGUUCAACAGCGCGAAAUGGUUCAAUAGGGGGUGGACACUGCAGGAGCUUCUUGCGCCCAAGAAGCUCCUCUAUGUGGAUAGAAAUUGGCGCGAGAUUGGAAGCCGUGAGGUCAAAGGUGCUCCGGGGACGGGAUUGAGUCAACUGCUCCGUGAAUAUGUACGGAAGGUACCCAUGGAAAACAAUUUGGCUACCCAGCUCUCGUGGGCAGGACCCCGAAAUACAACCCGCGUCGAAGACCAGGCAUACUCGAUUCUUGCAUUACUGCAGAUUAAAAUGGACGUGGAUUAUAACGCAGGAAAGCUUGCUUUCCUCCAGUUUCAAAAGGAAUUGAUCAAAAAAUACGACGAUCUAUCUUUACUGGCUUGGUUCAGUAAUCCUGAGAUCCAAGACAGGUAUGAAAGGCGCCAUGGGGAACAAGCUCCAAAGCUAGGAAUAUUGGCACCGAGCCUUGAUUAUUUCCAAAAAAAGAGGGAUCGUGGAAAAAGAAUCCUCACUGGGAAGCUGAAGGCACUGAACAAGAGAAAUCAGACCCCAGCAAUGGAGUGUCGCUCUGAUAGCCGCUCUAACUAUCUACGCGUCCGAGCAAAGAUUUUCAGUAUUCUUGAACUCAACGUGAGAUACAAGAGAUCAGGGCAGGAAGUACGCUCUUCGAGCUCAAGCUUCCACUAUGUUGUAGAAUUGUUUACAUACAGGACAGAGAAAGGGGAGGAGCACAGUGUUGGAAUAAUCGUUGUCGAAGAUCCAGGAGAAAGAGGUUGGUUUAUUAGGGAGUACCACAGCAAGGGAUUGGUUCUAUUCAAGCAUAGCCCAAAGGUCAAUGGUAAGAAGCCUACAACCAGAGGGAGAUUCAGCCCUGGAUAUCACUCUGAGGAGACGUGGGAAAAUUGGCUUAUGGAGGAGCAAAGCUGGAAUAAAAUCGAUAUCAGAUGCGAAUGA